AUAAUAAUACGAGGAGCCUCACCUGACCGAGUCGCCAAACGACUCAGCCGGCCCGGAGGCUCCGUGCAUUGACCGAGUUAGUCUCCUGAAGAUCGAACCGAUUCAGAAGCAGACAGGCGGCGUGGAGGAGCAGAUGCUCGACGACGCGACUUCGGCGUAUCGCUCGAUGGAGCUAAGCUCUUGCGAGUCAUGAAGUUCCAAGCACGAGCUCCCAGCGGCUCCCGGAAGAUCGCGGGGUCGCGUGCUGCGGCCGGCCGCGAGACGGGUCCUUCUUCUGGUGAUGGGGAUGCAGUGUUUCCGGGCGGACAGGCUCCGGAGAGUCCGGUUCCGAGGUUGACACGGCGCUCCAGGGGGAACCAGGAAUUCAUUGAGGAGCUCAGGAGCCAAGCCGAUGAGCUCGAGAGGCUUUUUGCUGAGCAGAAGCUUCGGACGCCCGACGAUCAGUUCAGUUCCAGACGGAGGAGUACAGAACUUGAUGGCCGGGCGAUUCCUACUCGAGUUCAUGAGAAGCAAAUCGUGACCGAGUCGAUGAGGAGUUCGAGCGGUGGCACAAAGUUCGGCACCUCUCCAUCAGUGAAGAUGGUAGGUGAUCGGGAGGACAACGCCGAUGCUUAUAGGCAGGAUGUAUCGGUUAAUCUGAGGGGGAAAUUCUACGACGAGUACAUGCGGAGACGGGACGUGAGACGCAGACAAGAAGGGGGAUGCAGCAGGGUGGCGAAGGAGGCGAAGUUGAAGGACAUGCAGGCCGACCUCGAAAUGAAUAUUUCAGAGUUGAAAGCCAAAUUUUCUGGGUCUGCGGAAGGACCAGAUUCAAAUUCCAGCGCGCGGUCGCGUAUUGAGACGCUGCGAUCAUUCAAUACUCGGUCGAGCACGAGGAUGGACGAGCAUACGAGGGCAUUAUUCUGUGGUGAAGCAGAGAAUUAUCCAGAUGGACAGAACGAAGCAUCUCCUGGAGCUGGUUCUUCCAGGUGCUCUACAACCAAGAAGCAAUUUUCACCUGUUCAAGAUCAGCCUUCCAAGAAACCUCAGACAACCGCAGUGCCUGUCCCUCGGUCUUCCUUAAAACCAUCCAACUCCAUUUCUGGAAGGCGAAGGCCGCAAUCUGAAAGCCCUCUUGCGCAGUCACUUCCUGUUGUUCCCAAUUUCUCCAAUACGAAGAAAGAGAACAAAAAUCCUGCUCCAGGACUCAGUCAAACAGUGCCCCGCUCCCAAAAUAGGAGCUUCACCAGAAGCAAAAGCAAGGAAGAAGAGAUAAAAGUACAUUGUGCAAAGGAAAAGAAGACACGGGACUCUCAGGCGACGAGGAAAAGCUUUUCCAGUCCAUCAGAGUCCAUAAAUAUUUCUGCUCGGAACUCCAAUGGGGCUAUCUUGGAGUCGGUUAGAUUUGAUGAAGAAGGGGUUCGUCCCAGCCUAAAUGAGGAACAUGUCAAAAGUGCUGAUUCAGAGGCCUUCCCUAGUAACAGCGAUGAUUCGAAAUACAGCAAUGAUUUUGGCGAUUUAGCCUUUGAGGCUGCUGACAUGGCUAACAAAACCGAAGACGAAGAGGUAAAAAACCGAGAAGUUAGAUGUCAUCCCCCCCUAGAUGAUGGAAAUUCAGGAGACUCGAUUGGAUCUUAUCAUUCUGAUCUCAUGUCUGUUUCGAAGCUGCCAAGGUAUUACCAACACGACUUAUCAGAAAUUGAUGCUUCUGUUGAUUCCUCAGUUGGAAGCUCCAUAUCCUGGAGCUCUCAACCAAUGGUCCAUGCGGAGACCGGUCUUGUUCGAACAAGAAAGAAGUGGGGCAAUGCUCAGAAACCCAAUUUCCCUGGUGAUUCUUCCCAGAAUGAAUCUUCCAAGGAUGCGAAGAAAGGUUUUUGGUUGCUGAAGUUUGGAAGAAGUCAGGUGGCAGAGAGCUCGGUCAAUAGGGUAUCUACAUUGACAUCGGAUGGAGAUGACGCUAUUGAAGGCAUGUGUGGUCCUCCUCCCCAGAGAUCACUUGAACACUCGGAGCAGCCUGUUGCAGGUUUUUCGCAGGAUCAUUCUUGCAGUGGUAGCUUUGAUACAAGUGAUUUGUUCCAGGAACAAGUUCAAGCCCUAGAUGGAUCUAUCCCAGCCCCACCAGAAAAAUUCAAGCUGAGAGGUGCUCAACAAUCACUGUCGGGAAGCUCUCUCAAAGCACCACGAUCGUUUUUCUCACUUUCAUCUUUCCGGAGCAAGGGAAGAGACUUGAAGGUUUACCACUGAGUCACUCAACUCCUAGCGAUAGUGUUCUGAUUUUUCCCUUUCUCAGUGAUUUGGUGUAAAGGAGGAAUUCAUGCUAGAUGAAGAUGUUUAGCUGGGCAUGCUUAAGAUUUGCAUGAGAUCCACUAUUUAUCACAGUACAUGUAUACACCAAAUAAGUUAUGCUGCUUGGCCAAGUUGAAUAUGCCGUAUGUUGUGUGGAAGUUCUCACAGGCACGGCACCAAAUCUGAUUUUGGUAUUGUAUAGACCGCAUUUAUUCCGUAUGUGAAAUAUGUAUCAGAAUGUGGAACCAUUCUGUUAGUGAGAGUGAUAGUUUGGCAAGUGAAGAUGGAUGACGUGAUCAUGUGCAAGCGGGUGUUAUAUUUUUUU